AUGGCUAGUCUCCUCUUACUGGCUCCCGUCACCUUGGCCGCAACCACCACAGGCGCCCUCGCAAGGGUCAGCAUCUUUUCGGAAAUUGCAUACUCGACCGUGCGAGCCUGCGCAGCUGGCUGCCUCGUGUACAAUGGCGCCUAUCCUUGCGGGGUCGGCGGGUAUCAAGACCUCGGGGUUGCUUUGCAAUGCGGUUGCCAAUCCAUCAACGGCUGCUACUGCAACACUGGACUGGGUAGCUCUGCCACCUCAUACAUCUCAUCGUGCGUCAGCAGGGGAUGCAGCAAAGUCGAAAACUGGUCAGUCGAUCUGACAAGCAUGCUGGAUCUGUACGAUUCGUACUGCGCAACCGCCAACGGGCAAGCAGCCAACGCGCCGAACGCGCAAGCAACUCUGACGAGCGAGCGGACGUCCUUGAAGACCUCGGCUAGUAACGGCGCAGGUGCCUCGAAUGAUGGGCAGGCAACACAGACCUCGAGGCUCGACUCGAGCAGCACGUCGUCUGCCGAAGCACAACAGCCAUCGGCAGCGGCGGAGAGCGGAGGGCUGAGCCGGUCAGAUAUUGUCGCGCUCGCCGCGAGCUUGGGCGUCGGGAUACCUAGCCUGCUUAUAGCUGGCUUGACGCUUUACUUCCAGAUCAAGAAGAAGCGCAGAAAUGCUGUCGGUGAGAGCUAUCCUUCAGCGGAGCACAGCAUCGCGCAUCAUAAUGCGCCCGGUGGACACAUGCAUGAGAGCAUAUUGCCUCCAAUACCUCAAGCAGCUCACCCCAAAGCCUGGCAUUAG